AUGGCCAUGGUGGCCCCGCCGAUGCCGGAUGGCAUCAUGGCGCAGCCCUGCGGCAUGAUCCCUGCGGCGAAGCCCAAGGCCAAACCCGCCGCACCCAAGAAGCAGAGGUCGCGGGAAGAGCCCAAAGCGCGGGCAAAGGAGGCCGACGAUGAGGAGGUCUCAGGCAGAGGGGUGAUCUCGUUGCUUCAGGAGUUUGUGCAGUGCUCCAAGAACUUCCCAACCCCUCAGCAUCGGCCGAUCCUGCAGUGGACAUUUGACACCCACAUGGCCGACAACACCAACUUAGAAUUUCGGGCGCAGGUCUCGUUCCUUUUGGACGGCGUGCCACACCAUGUGGCGGGCGCCUGGCAGCAGUCCAAGAAGCUCGCGCAGCGGGACACUGCUGAGCGUUGCCUAGGCCUCUUCGUUGGGUGCUGGGGCGCCUAUCUACUGCAGACCACCGAGAGCACUGGUCCAGACGUGGACCUCCAAGAGGACCCUGUUCAGGCUCUUCAGAAGUUCUGCAGCACUUUCCGGCCGUGCCACGGACAGGGCCCGACCUGGUGCAUUGAUAUGGAGGCCGGACGCUGCAAAGCCACCGCCGAGAUCAACCUCCUGGGCGUGAGGCACAGUUUCGCUGGUACACCAGCAUGCCAGGUUCAGGAAGCCAAGGAGGAUACGGCCCGCCGUGUCCUAUGGUAUUUGCAAUGCCCCGGUUAUGAGACCCUCUUCGAGCCAGAUGUGCAGGGAGUGGCUGCUGUGGCCAAGGAGAUUCCCACACCUCCCUCCAAUUGGGUGACUCUCAGCGAGGAUGAUGAGUCAGUCCAGGCUGCAGAACGAAAGACUGCGGUGAUGCGACUACAGAACCGCCUGCAGCAGAGCUUCGCUAAGAAGCUGAAGCCCGGACAAGGUGUAUGGGAAUGGUCUUAUGAGACCGAUGCUCGGGAUGAGAGCUGGCCACCCCUGCAGCGAGCCACCGUUCACGUCCCCGUGGCGCAGCAGUCCUUCACCGGGCGCGGGCGGAGGGGUAAGGGGUGA